CAGCAGCUGAAGAAGUUUCCUGCAUCAUGAGACUCACUGUGUUCCCGCUCCUUAUGGCUCUCGUGGUCGACGUUCAGCUGCUGUCUUUGUCAGACAUGUACGGCAGCCUGCAGUCUCCAAACUUCCCAGAGCCAUACCCCCGAGAGACGGAGCUGCGCUGGAAUGUCAGUGUUCCCAAGGGCUUCCAAAUCAAACUCUAUUUUAGCCACUUUGACCUGGAGCCGUCCUACCUGUGUGAGUACGACUUUGUCAAGGUGGAGGCGGAGGGGGAGGUGCUGGCCUUGUUCUGUGGGAAGGAGGAGACAGACUCGGAGGUGGUGCCGGCGCAGCAGGUCAUCACCUCCCCCAGGAACUCCCUGAGUGUCCUCUUCUCCUCCGACUUCUCCAAUGAAGAGAGAUACUCUGGCUUCAUGGCUCACUACAGUGCUGUGGACGUAGACGAGUGCAGCGAUCGCACAGAUGAAGAUCUGCUCUGUGAUCAUUUCUGUCACAACUACAUUGGAGGAUACUACUGCUCCUGUCGCUAUGGUUACCUGCUGCACACUGACAACCGCACCUGCAGAGUGGAGUGUAGUGACAGUGUAUUCCGGGAACGUUCUGGUGUUCUGGGCAGUGUCGAUUUUCCCGCUCCGUAUCCAAAGAGCUCCGAUUGUUCCUAUCGUAUCGAGGUGGAGCCAGGCUUUAAGCUCCGCCUCGAAUUUGACCCCACCUUCGACGUGGAGGAUCACCCCGACGUCAGCUGCCCCUACGACUAUGUCAAGAUUACAGCAGGCAGUAGUGAGCUCGGUCCGUUCUGUGGAGAUCGAUCUCCAGGAGUCAUUGAGACCGACAGCAACGUCGUCACCGUGUUCUUCCACAGCGACAACUCCGGAGAGAAUGUGGGCUGGAGGGUCACAUACACUGCUACAGGAAGUCAAUGUCCAUUACCUGAGAUCCCACCAAAUGCCCUCAUAAACCCUGUCCAAUCCGAAUACUCCUUCAAAGACCACAUUCUGUUCACCUGUGAGUCUGGAUACAGACUGCUGAAGGACGGUGAGGAGCUGGAUCAUUAUCAGGUGGACUGUCAGUCUGAUGGAUCAUGGAGCAGCAGUCCUCCCCAUUGUCAAAUGGUGGACUGUGGGAGUCCAAAGGUGGUUGAGAUGGCUGACGUGGUGUUUGGUAACCAUGACAACAGCACACUGUUUGGAUCGACUGUCCACUACAUCUGCAGAGGGGACACGUUUCACCUGAACACCAGCAACAGUUCCUAUAGCUGUCAUCAGAAUGGAGAAUGGAUUAAUUCAGAAGCAGGACCCAAACUGCCGAGCUGUCUGCCAGCCUGCGGCCGCCCGUCCCGCUCUCUCCCCACUCAGGUGAAGCGGAUCGUGGGUGGUCGGACAGCCGAGCCCGGCCUGUUCCCCUGGCACGUUCUGCUAAGUGUGGAGGAUCUGUCCCGGGUCCCAGAGGACCGUUGGUUUGGCUCUGGAGCCCUGUUGUCUGAGUCCUGGGUCCUCACGGCAGCCCACGUCAUGAGGUCCCAGAGGAGGGACACCAGCGUUGUCCCUGUGGCCCCCGAACAUGUAAAGGUCUUCCUCGGUCUCCAUGACGCCCGGGACAAACGUCUGGCCACUAGCCACUCGGUGGAGGAGAUCUUCCUCCAUCCAGACUUCCAACCCAACAACUACAACAAUGACAUUGCCCUACUGAGGCUGAGGCAGCGGGUCGAGUUCAACGAGAUCAUCCGUCCAGUCUGUGUCCCACCACCCCACAUCAAGGAUGACCCCUCCACCCCUGUCCCUAACUCUCUUGGUGUAGUUGCGGGUUGGGGGAUCUCUAAUCCCAAUGCCUCCUCCUCCAGUGACCCCCCCUCACUGACCUCUGACCUUGGGGUAACCUCUGACCUCCUGCAGUAUGUGAAGCUGCCGGUGGUUUCUCAGGACGAGUGUCGGGCGAGCUACACUUCGCGCUCCGUCAGCUAUAACAUCACUGACAACAUGUUCUGUGCCGGUUUCUUCGAGGGGGGGAGGGACACCUGCCUGGGGGACAGUGGGGGGGCGUUUGUGAUGGAGGACGAGGUCAGCCGCAGGUGGGUGGUGUUUGGGUUGGUGUCCUGGGGGGGGCCUGAGGAGUGCGGGAGCCAGAGGGUGUAUGGCGUCUACACCCGAGUGGUUAAAUAUGUGGAGUGGAUACAGAACCACCUUCAGACUGCCCCCUGGUGGUGAGACGGUCAGAACAGCACAGCUGGGACUGAAUGAGAGCACACAUCCUCUGGUCGUCAGUCUGUCCACAUGUGUCUGUCUGCAACCCCCCCCCUCCCUCCCCUGCAGGUUGCUUCACUCUCCUCUGCCUUUGACCUUUGGCCAGUCAAUCCAGCUGUGCUGCAGCUGUGUGACACAGCCUUCAGACUGAAUGUGAAACUACGUUCUGCUCUGCUUCAUCUGCAUGAACCUGAACACAACAGUGUGAACCAACUGAGCUCAGGAUACAUUUACAGUACAGUGUCUAUCCUUCAACAAAAAAGCCCCGCCCAUCUUUUCUAACGAUGCAGGGCACUGUUAAAGCAGAGAUACUCUUAUGGGGCUAGAACAGUAACAUUAAAGUUAAAGGAGUGUGUGAUUUAUUUACAUUCAGAAGCCUGACAGAAGCAGACUUACCUGCAGUUUGGGAGUUGCAGGUGAACUUGUGGAAACCAUUGGAUCCAGGUAUGAAUGUAAAUAAAUCACUAUUCUAGCCCCAUAUAUAUUUACUGUCUAACAUAUUUACACAUGCUUUACUACUUUUAAUGCAGCUUUACUCCAGCCUCAGUGUGCACUGUGCUACUGUCUAAUGUGGGAAAAUGAAUAGAAUGAAUAAUGAAAAGAAAAUAUAAGAGAUUAAUCUACAAUCUCUGAUCAGACUCAGAUUCAGAUGGUGUUAGAGCUGAACACUCCUCUCUCUUCUACGACCGCUCAUUUGACAGAUUUCUUUGUUCAGAAAAACACGUUCAUAUUUGUAAAAUCAGGUUUAAGCCAGAGCUGAUACCAGAGCUGAUCCUGAUCCUGAUCCUGGUCCUGAUCGUGAUCCUGGUUUUGCCACAGGGUAAACGUUCCUUCAUUUAUAACCAAACUCAGUUCUUGGUUCUCUGUGAAUGAACAAAGAUACUGUUACUUUCUCACCAAAGACCUGGACUGAAACACACAGUAACACCCAGAAUACUUUGUUCCAUCCUCUGCUAGCUGCUGAUGGUUUCACCUCACUGCCUGUAAACCAGGUUCCUGUAUCCAUCCAACUACAGCUCAGAUUGUUCAUGUGUUUGUUCCUUUUCUCCAGAGGAUGAUCUCUGUCCAUUUCAGUGAUGAUCUUUCCUCUAGCACCUCCUUCAGGACAAACCUGACUCCACUGAUCUGUUGUCUGUUGUCUGUUCUGACUGUUGCUGUAAUGAUCUGCAGCCUGUAGGGGGCGCUAACAGGACUACAGCCUGUUUUUAAUCCAAACUGCAUGAAACUGGAUUAAGUAGACUCAGAUCCAGAAGAGACAAGAUCCAGACACUGUGGUUUAGAUGUUUCCUCUGGACUUAAUGUUCUUGUAUUAAAGAUGUGUUAUUAUAUCUCUGCACUCAUAUGUAUGGUUAUCACAGUCACACUGUUUUUUAUAUAUUGAUAUUAUUAUAUUUUGCACUGAAAUAAACACU